UCCUCGCGGACAACUAUGCUAGCUGACCCUGCGCGUCAUCACAACGAGUGUGGCUAUCUCAUUGUCAGACACAAAUAUGGCCCACUUUUCGCGAUCUAAAGAGUAUUAAACUGGAAACCCGUGCAAGUGUAACCUUUGCGGAGUUGAACAUUCAUGACCGGACAAUAACCAUAAAUAUCUGGACUUCUCCACUGCUGGUGCGUCUGACUGAACAUCAAACCUCGAGAGUCCCGGGGUGCAAGGUGCAAGCAACGUGAGUGGGCGAGCCCCUAACGUUACCAUUCUAUACCCUCAACUAGUGAACCUGAGAUUACGGCCUCAUUGUAAAUAUUUAAAAUAACCACAAUUAAGGACGAGGGUUUAUUGUCCAAAUAGUGUAUGCGGUUUUUUGGCGAGAAAAUACCGAAAUACCAGAUGACAAAGGCGCCCGUCAGUCAAGCCCCUUGCCAGAGUAUGGGGGAGAACAAUCACGGCUCUCUCAAUGAACUCGUGGAACCCGUGACCCAAAUGAAACACCAAAACGUUAGGUGCUCAGCGGUGCCUGCUGUCCCUCAGUUAGUGGUGACAUGUGAGCCAACCCCCAGCCGAACUGAGCACAAGACCACAAAGACUAGCGCCUUAUCGUUUUGUUCACACCCCGACGAGGAAUCUGUUUGUUCCGACAGUGGAAUUGGCGGAUCGCCCGCUCCAUCGCUUUUUUAUCGCAAGCUGUCCAAUUCCUCCUCGACGGUGUUGUCACCUGCUUCGUCUUUUGAGGAAUAUGAUGAAGAUUUCAGUGAACCUUGCUCCGCAGUGACACACAACAGUCAGACAGACGUCGGUUCAGACACCAAGAAUGAUCUUCUGAAGCCCCGGAACAUGGUGAACUCCUCUCCUCUCCCGGGGCCUCUCAAAGCUGCCUCCUCCUGGGUACAGGUGGUCGGCCAUGCAGGAAACUUCCGGACCGGUCCAGACGGGAAGCUGCUGAAGAAGUUCUGUGAGCUGGAGCAGCGAUGUCUGCAGGAGCUGAUGGCCGACACGCUGCGGCCGUAUGUGCCCGGUUACUACGGCAUCACACAGCAGGACCGGCAGGACUACAACACUAUGGACAACCUGCUGGCCGGCUUCCACUCCCCCUGCAUCAUGGACUGCAAGAUGGGCUCCAGGACAUACCUGGAGGAGGACUUGCGUAGGGCCAGAGAGAGCCCCCAGCCCCGUAAGGACAUGUACGAGAAGAUGGUGGUGGUGGACCCCGCGGCGCCGACCCCUGAGGAGCGCGUGCAGCAGGCCGUGCUCAAGACCCGCUACAUGCAGUGGAGAGAGAGCCUCAGCUCCACCAACACCCUUGGCUUCCGCAUCGAGGGCAUCCAGAAGGCAAAUGGUACGUGUAACACAAACUUCAAGAAAACGAAAUGCAAGGAACAAGUGAUCCAGGCCCUGGAGGAUUUUGUGGACAAGAGUAUCCCCAUUCUGAGGAGUUACCUGAAGCGUCUGGAAGACUUGCGGCAGGUGCUUGAAAACUCUGCCUUCUUCCGGUCACACGAGGUGGUGGGCAGCUCCCUGCUGUUCGUACACGACCGGACGGGCAAGGCCGGCGUGUGGAUGAUCGACUUCGGCAAGACGCUGCCCGUGCCCCCUCCCCUUACGCUGGACCACCGGACGCCGUGGCGGGAGGGGAACCGCGAGGACGGCUACCUCUGGGGCCUGGACAACUUCAUAGACAUGCUGACCACCAUGCUGUCGGCCCGCGCAGAGUGAACAGGACCCAGGUGCGGUCACAGGAUGGGGGGGGGGGAGAGGUUUGGGACCAUGAAGCCUUUUUUAGAACACAGACUGUUAAAUAUGGUGCAGCUCAUAACGUGAGUGUGUGGAUUGUGUGUUUUCCCUCUUUAUUGGCCAAAUGAGUGCAGUGUUUUCAAAUACUCAUUGCAUUGCAUUGUGACAAAGUGGACACCCAAUGACAUCAGAUCUGUGUGUGCAGCGAAUGCAAAGGCAAAGUCUAGACUACUUUUAGUGGCUUAUUAUCUUAGUCCAGCUGACUCUUUUAGUCCAUUUUAUCUCUGAAUUUGUACUCUGUUGAUAUGCAAAUAAUGAAUUUGACAAAGAAAAGGGCUGUGUGAUAAACAUAUAUUUUUUUUUUCAUGACAAACUUUUUUUUUUCAUGACAUGCAACCAAAAACUGUGACCAUUUAUGCAAAAUGAUAAUGCACAAAUAUCAUGUCUUUGUAUAUCCUUUUACAUGAGCCUAGUGUAAUAUGUGCUCUUUGUAUAUCCUUUUACAUGAGCCUAGUGUUAUAUGUGCUCUUUAGUGGGUAGAGAGACUUUGCCUGUCAACAUUCCAGCUUGAUUGGUUUUUCACAUUUGGACGUGCUGAUGUGUACAUGUGAGCUGGACGUUUGGCUUCAUCCAUAAUACUGCUCUUACUACUCCUGCUUGACCUGUGCCACCUGGCCCUUUGGUCAACCAGUAAGAGAUGCUAUGAGCAGAUAAGAAGCACAAAAGAGUUUCACACAGUGGAUUUGAAGUGGUGUUCACUACUGUAUCAACUCAAUAAAUAUCCACUAAGAUUUGAA